AGCUUCGUGAGCAGGACGAGUCCAAAAGAGAGCUGUCGGAGACGAUGGAGCCUAGCCCAUCUCACGUCUGGUGCUGAUCUGUCUUUUCUCUUCGCUGAUCUUGCCCGGCGCACAGGCCGACGUCAGCGAACCUGUGCAGCCCCCCCUGCCCUCCCCAGCAAUGCUUCCCCUCAUCAUGAGCUUCCUUGCAACGCUCUCAUCUUCCGUCACUCUGGCCGACCCAUUCCAGAGCCAGCCGCCGUCCUUUAUGAGCCUGAGGCCCGCACAAGCGUCGAUGAGGCGGCAGCAGCCGUCACAGCGUGCCAGCAAGGGCUUUCUUGCAUCCAGGAGGGCGUCCCCUGUGCCAAGACUGCGGCCAAGGAGGCGGCGAGACCAUCUGCAGCCAUCGAUGGGUGUUGAGGAGUGGCGAUACCGGCAGCUGACAACUCACGGGCUGCUGGACAUGAUCCCCAUGCGCCUGCCGCGCAGCCAUAGCCUCUCCUACGGCUUCCUCAAGCAAAAGGACACCGAGAGCUUCAAGCAGGUCGACCUGCUGCCGGGCGAGCGGUUCACGAUGGAGGUCAACAAGUACACUGUCUCGGAGAUCAUCCAGCAGGGCUUCAACGAGAAGCACUACUGCUUCGGCUUCCUGCUGUACGACGAGCCCACCAACAAUGACGAGGAGGAGGAGGACGGCGACGGCACCAUGAGGCCCACCGUGCCCUUCUUCCAGCAGCACCAGGCUGAGGUGCCCAAGGUGGUGGGGUCGGGCGCUGGCAGGAAGGGCGGCAGCGGCACGCCCAACGCGCCGCCGUCCGACAGCGAGCUCGACUGGGACGGUGCCAAGCCCCUCCAGUACGCCCUUCUCGCCCAGGUCAUCCGAUGGAGGAAGACACAAAACGGCAUCCUGCUGCAGGUGGGAGGGAGAGGCAAGGGUAUAAGGACGGACCACGCAUGUGCCGCUCACCUUUGUCUUCUGUGUGGGCUGGUUUCCUUCAGUACCAGAUCCAGGGUGCAGUGAAUGUCGAGCGGCUGGUCAAGGUGGAGCCCUACCCGAAGGCGAUUGUCACUCACGACCUGCCGGCCUUCAGCAAGAACGCCACUCAGCCUGUGCAGGACAUCGACAGGGCCCGGGAACUCAAGAGCGAUAUCGUCGACCUCGUCAGGUACUGUGACGAGACGUCCGAGGCGCUCGCCGAGAAGUCGGGCUGGUCGCGACUCGCCGCUGAUAUCGGCACAAGGUGGGUGGGGUCGGCCAGCAUCGGUGGGCGGAUGGAUGGAUUGUGUGCGGCUGAUUGCUCGCAUUGCAGGGGAUCUCUGGAAAGGCGGUGGGAGGACUCGCUGAGUCAGAAUGGGCCUCUGGAGCUGUGGCGCAUGACUGAGGCGGAGACCUACUACUGGCUGUCCUUUGUGGCUCAAUCCUUCCAUCUGUCGCCGCUGGAACAGGUACAGGACAUCAAACGAGAGCGGGCAGGAAGCGUAUGCCUAUUGUUCUCCCUCCGUCGAUGGUCUCCGUCUGCGAAAUGGAAUGUCAGUUGGCCUCCUUUCAAUACGGGACGACCGACGAGCGGUUAGAGUAUGUCGUCAGGACACUCAGGCGAAAGGCAAACGUAAGCACACUGACACUCACACCCCAGCCACGGAUGACCCACACACAACACUCACCACCCCUCCCCCUCUCUGCUUUUCUUGUCCUUCAGGAGCUGUCUGCCCGGAAGAGUCUGAUGGAGCUCAUGGCCCCCAAGAAGAAGGGCGACACCGAUGGCGGGUCGGAGGCGUCUGAGGCAGGCGAUGACCCACAGCCCAAGACGUGACCAGCCACUCAUCCCACCCCCCGGCUCCACCUCCUUGCUUCCCUUUAUUCCUCCAUGUGCAGUCAGUCCAUUCACUGACAAACCACGAGUUUUUGGCUUCUCAAUUACUCGUCUGCUGCGUGGGGGAGGCAGAGAUCUCUUAAUUAUUACCAUAUGUCUGUCUGUCUAUGAGGGGGCGUUUUUUCAUGAUGGCAUUGUUAGGGGCUCUAGUUGUGAAUAUGCUCGUUGGCCAGCCUGUCUGUCUGUCUGUCUGUCACCGCUUUCAACUCGACUCAGCUAUUCAUUCCUCUUUCUGCCUUUGGUUCCGGGGGGGGGGGG